UAAGAUUUCAGGGUUUUAUCUCCUAAUCAAAAAUAGAAAAAAAAACUAACUUUGUUCAGAAUUGUUUGUGUGGCUCUCCUUUUCCAAAAGAACUCAUGGGAUUGUUUUCUUUGUAGAUAAAUUUGGUGGGUUGGUUUAGACAAGUGAUUCAAGGAGCAAGGAACACUUUGAAAAGUAAAGAACAAGGUUGCUGUGGAAUAUGAGGAGGAAAAACAUUUCAUGCAGUGCUAUACAGCUGGUUUGGAUUUCAAAACUCUUUGGAAGGCACAUGAGGGAAAAUACUUCAAGGGAUACUGGGAAAUGGGAUUGUAGAGACUGCCACCAAAUCAAUUUCCUCUUGAGGUAACAAUUCUAGUACUAAUAGAUUCAGAUCCAAGUUAUAAUUUGUGGAAGCAUCGUGUAUUCCAUGGCAGAUAUGUUCGGUUAGAGUAAAUUGGCCUCAAUGGUUUCAUUUUCUUUGCAUGCAAAUCAAAGGUGACCUUUUUGUGGGUUGUAAUCCCUUUUUGUGAUUUGCUCCAUCGCACAAGGCUUGUAGCAUUAAAUGCCUAUUAAUAAAUGGUAAGAUUAAGUUGAUCCCUUUUCAGUACAAUGUGCAGUCUCUAUUGUCAUUCAUUGUAAGCUCUUUCCUGUGUCAGUUUUUGAGUGAUUUAAGAGAUUAAUUGAAUUUGUUCAGUUUCAUUAAAUGAGCAGUAAUUAUCUUUGUCGGCAUUUUGUUGGGAAUUGGAGCAUGUCACUUCAUUCUGCCCAAACAAUGGUGCUAAAUUAUUAAAAGAACAAAUGUUCUCUCAUGAAAUAGAAACCUAUUUAAAACAUUUUUCCCUCUUUUCUCCAGCCCCUCCUCCAGAAUCAAAUGUAUGUAAAGAUGAUUGCUAUCCUGCCUCAGAACUGUGCCAGCUAUUCUGCUUUGGCUGCUAAGAGCAAAUGGUUAUGAGCCUUAGAGUGUCAGAGCUCCAAGUGUUAUUAGGCUAUGCUGGACGGAACAAACACGGUCGUAAACACGAACUCCUGACAAAGGCACUGCAUUUAUUGAAAGCUGGCUGCAGCCCAGCUGUUCAGAUGAAAAUUAAAGAACUAUAUAGGCGGAGGUUUCCACAGAAGAUAGUGACUCCCACCGAUUUGAGCCUUUCUUCUGUCCAUGCAACUUCAGCUUCCAUGACCACGCCACUGUCGCCAUCUGCACUCCCACAGCUCUCCUACGAUGGGCAUGCAACAACAUCUCCGCUGCUUGCUGUUUCACUGUUGGGACCCAAACAUGAACUAGAUCUGCCACACCUGACAUCAUCACUCCAUCCCGUCCAUCCUGAUGUAAAGCUGCAGAAAUUGCCUUUUUAUGACAUUCUUGAUGAGCUCAUCAAACCAACUAGUCUCGCUUCAGAUAAUGGCCAGCGGUUUCAGGAGACUUGUUUUGCAUUUGCACUGACACCACAGCAAGUUCAACAGAUCAGCAACUCAAUGGACAUAUCGGGGACCAAGUGUGACUUUACAGUGCAGGUUCAGUUACGGUUUUGUUUAUCAGAAACUAGUUGUCCACAGGAAGAUCAUUUCCCCCCAAAUCUUUGUGUGAAAGUAAAUGCAAAAACUUGUAACCUUCCGGGCUAUCUACCACCAACCAAAAAUGGUGUUGAACCAAAGCGACCCAGCCGACCGAUCAACAUUACCUCACUAGUCAGAUUGUCCACGACAGUGCCGAACACGAUUGUGGUUUCGUGGUCAGCAGAAAUCGGAAGAAGCUACUCCAUGGCAGUUUACCUUGUAAAACAGUUGUCUUCUGCUGUGUUGCUUCAAAGACUACGAGCAAAAGGAAUACGAAACCCGGACCAUUCCAGAGCAUUAAUCAAAGAAAAAUUAACAGCCGAUCCCGACAGUGAAAUCGCCACAACCAGUUUACGGGUGUCUCUGUUGUGUCCUAUUGCUGAGGGGAGAUUCCUGGAAUUUGAAUGGCGAUGGCAGUGCGCUCGGAUGCAGCAGCCUCUCUGGGUCCAGACAAAGCUGGGCAAAAUGCGUUUGACGAUCCCAUGUCGUGCUAUAACUUGUUCACAUCUCCAGUGCUUUGAUGCAACACUUUACAUUCAGAUGAACGAGAAGAAACCGACGUGGGUUUGUCCUGUGUGUGACAAGAAGGGUCCUUAUGAACAUCUAAUUAUUGAUGGAUUGUUUAUGGAAAUCCUCAGUUGUUGCACAGACUGUGAUGAAAUUCAGUUUAAGGAAGAUGGAGCGUGGUCACCAAUGAGAAUGAAGAAGGAAGUUCAGGAAGUCAAUUCGUCUUUUAAUGGAGUGGAUGGUGCAUGUCCAAGCUUACCCGAGCAGAGACAUUCAUCACAAGAUAAUAGGAAGGUUGAAGUGAUUGAUCUGACGCUUGACAGUUCAUCAGAUGAAGAAGAUCAAGAGCCCCCUGUGAAGAGAUACCCUGCCAUUUCUUCUCCUUCACCGCCCAUCAACAAAGGAGUUUUAAAUCUGCAUCAUCAGACAUCACCAGUCACAAGAACUCCCAGUAUACCUACUCUGGACUCAAACUUCAUUUCUGCUCCUUUUCAAGAUUACCGUCAUUCUUACCAUUUACCAACUCUGCCAUAUGAAUUGCAAGGUUUAGAUCUAUUUCCCUUCUUGCAAGGGGACAAUCAGCAUUACAGCACCUCCCUCCUUGCUGCAGCAGCUGCUGCCGCGAGUGCUUCAGAGGACCAGGACCUCAUUCACUCCUCGCUCAACCGAUUCUUUCCGUACAGCUCUUCGCAAAUGUUCCUGGAGCAGCCAAACUCGGCACCCACCAGCACACUGGCGGUGACAAAUGGCAACAGCAGCGGGAGCAACAGCAGCCUCGUCUCCUCCAGCAGCUUGCGGGAAAAUCUCGGACACGCUGGCGCUACCCGGAGCAGUGUGGAGAGCGGCACCAUUUUUGGCACCAUCCCAGAUGUUAUUCCAUUGGACUGAUGUUUGAAAUUAUGGAUAAUUUUUUUGUGUGGUAGGGCUGGGAAAGGGAGAGAAAGAAGGAAAAAGUCUGGUUUGUUUCACCUUUUAAAAAGAAAAUUUAGAAGUGUAGAGACCCUUUUUUUAAAUAAAUGCAAAAAUAAAAAAAAGACACCAUGUACAGAGAACAAAAUACUAUAUUUUCAGUUAACUUUUGUAUAUAAAUUCAAGACUGUCUGUCUUUUAAGGUUAUUUCAGUUUACUUUGUGAAAGCAGAGUUUUUACGAUGUAUGUGUCUGUUCUGUGAUAUUACUUUUUGUAUUUGUUGUUCAAUGGCAUUAUUUCUUCCACAGUUGACAUUAUUUGAAUUAGAAUUUUUUCAUUUGUGUACUUCACUGUAGAAUAUUUCUUUUGGAAAGAACUAAAUGUCAAUGGUUGACGAUGAUACUUUCCUUUUUUUGUGCAAAUAAUUUUAUUAUUCUUUAAGUUAUGUAAAGUAUCUUGGCUGUUUCUCACAUCAUUCCCUCUGCAUUAGCAGGAAGUAACUUUGGGGAAUGCACAGUACCGUACCGUUUAUUUUUUCACAAAAAAAAGGCCAUUUCUGGUAAACAUUUGGGGAGGGUGGUGGUGAAGGUUAUGGAUGACCCUUUCACAAAUCCCACACGUUCCUUAUUUUAAUAAAGUAGCAUUCUUCAGGCAUUAAGGAAUUGUAAUAAGGGAAGGGAUGCAUCCUUUUAGGUUCAACCUUUUAUUCCUGUUUCUCUAAAAGGCUCUAACUGCAGAAUACUUCCAGUUUGCAAACCUGUUAUUUUUCAUUUCAUUUCAUCCACAUGCACUAUUUCCUGACCAGGCAUUGUCAUAUUACACACAACUUGCUGGAAAGAAGCCCAAUUAGGUAUGGAAUAUAUCCCCGUCUUUCAAAUGCCCCACUUGGCCAAGCACUAGCUUCAACUGCGUUCUCCCAGUUUAAACUUGUCUGCCAGAAUUUGGGUAUUUCUAGUUUCCUGAUGCAUUGUCCCCUAAACUAACUACACUGCCUCUCGUCCAAUCCUUGACUUUGCUUUCCGUCAUGUUUCUGUGAUCUGUUCCUUGUUCAGUGUGUUAGGGUCUUUGCCAAGUGUGGAAGUAAUGAACCAAAUUCCUUCUCUCCCCUCAAUAAAUGUUCCACAUUCUCCUUUCAGAUGGCGAUUCAGUCUCUCAGAUCCUUGAAUCUAAAAGAGUUCUCAAACUAAUGGUUGGAAUGCACACAGAGUGAGAUUUGCAUUCUAACCAUUGAUGUACUAAAGUAAGUGUCUUCUCUCCACCCUUCCCAUCUUGCUGUUAUAGAUUGGUUGAACAGUUCAUUUCUAAGCGCACCGGAGGGUUUUACACCUGGAAAAGAAAAGGUAUAAACUACUCAGUGCUUCACUAAGGCCAUAAAUUAGAAUAAAAAGACCAUAAGACAUAGGAGCAGAAUUCGGUCAUUUGGCCGAUUGAGUCCACUCCGCCAUUCCGUCUUGGCUGAUUUAUUUUCCUUCUCAACCCCAUUCUCAUAUCCCACACUGAAUUCUCUGCAGACCCUACUAACUGAUAACAACCUGUGCAGUUAUAAUUGCUCAGAACAUCUGAUAGAGUAAAGGGGAUAAUCUUGUUGGUAUUGUUCUUCUAUUGACCUGCAUUUGAAAUGCAUGGGCUGGGAUUAUGUUUAUCCACAACAUGCUAACUCCUUCCAUGACUACGUCCAACUUAUGCAGUAGAAGACCUAGGAAAGAUUAGCGGCCACUGGAAAGUGAUGGGCUUCUGUGUAACCAUAUAACAGCAAACAGGGAAGCGAGGAUGGUAAUUAGCAAGUUAUAGUCAAAGGGAGCAAAUGUUGGGUAAUGGAAGUGGGUUCUUGAAAACUUCAGAGGAAAACAGCAACAACAGUGGAUCUAUCUCAGCUGCUGCUUCAGUAAGCUUAAGGUUAAAGCUAUUUUUCAGCAUCUGCUCCAUACUCAAAGUUCAAAAGUUUAAAAUUCAAGGUAGAUUUAUUAUCAAGUACAUACAUGUCACCAUAUACAACCCUGAGAUUCAUUUCCUUGUGGGCAUACGCAAUAAAUCCAUAAUAGAAUAAUAACCAAAAUAGAAUCAAUGAUUUACUUGCUGCAAAUUGCAGUGAAAAUAACUUGAAAGAGGUAUAUUUAAAAGUGUAUUUAGUAGUGUCUGCAGUCUACAGAACAUCGCCUUGGUCCACUGAUGCCAACAUGAACUCCAAGGAAUCGAUGGCUUUGCAAGCCGUUGAAUGUGAUUCAAUAGGGAUAAAACUGAAGUUGGCUAAAAUGUUGUGGAAGUGAAUCACUAUCAGGUGUCGUUCGGCCAUGGGCCACUGGGGAGGUGGUUCAUGCUUUCACCAGGAUUUUGUUUCCCAGUGUUAUCCAUGUUUUGUGAACUCUGUUUUCAGAUAGGACUGAAUGGACAAAGAGUUGGGUUCAUUGGAAAGCAGCACUUGGAUUCAAGUGAUGCUCGUGUCAAUGACAGGGUUAUCUGUGUCUUAACACAGCUGGGUCUUUCAGGUCACCAGCUGCACUUUGACAAAUGAAGAGAAUUUUAAAAGGAGUACACCAGCUUGUACACAUGACUUACCUACUGUUUUUGUAGGGUAUUCUAGAAGUUUGCAGUGUUGAGAGUCUAUUUUAUUUGUACCCAGAGUCACUGUAAACUAGUUUCUCCAAGCAUGGAAACUCCCCUCUUCUGCAAAGUUGUAAAUUCUGUUGAUCAUUCUCUGAGGGUGUCAAAGAUAAUUCUGAUACUUUUACUGCCUUAAAUCUUUCACAGUGCUGGCUUCCGUGACCGCAUGCCAAACCAGAGAAAUGGCUUUUUUAAAAAUAAUUGAGUAUAGUAGACCAGUGUCGGUUUGUAUAAAGUACCACGUGAAAAUAUUUAUUUCAUGCAUUGGAAAAAGAAUUGUUUACUUAAUGAAUGUUAUCUGUUAAUGUAGAGAUCUUUUAGAUGUAAUAAAGCAGCAGUAAGUUCCCAGUAAUGAAAUUUUGGUGUGU